AUGUCUACCACAAUUGAGGCAAGCGCUCAGCGCCAGGACACCGGCUCCGACAUCGAGAAGUCCGGCCCCUACAACAAUGGCGUCCAGGAGGUCAACCAGAACACCAAGGAAGAUUCCGAUGCUGAGAGCGAAAACUACCAGGGAGGUGUCCAGCGAGUCAGAGCUAUCACCUCCGUCUGGACUAAGAAGACCAUGAUCACCAUGUUUGUGAUUCUUUACCUCGUCUCCUUCAUCGAUUUGCUCUUGCAGUCCAUCCAGGGAAACCUCAACGCCUUCAUUACGUCCUCGUUCCAAAAGCACGGUCUUCUCGCCAUCGUCAGCAUUUUCGCCAACAUUCUUUCGGGAUGCUGCCAGCUUCCCAUCGCCAAGAUCAUGGAUAUCUGGGGCCGCACGGAGGCUUUCCUUGUGAUGAUUCUGUGCUCCGUCAUCGGUGUCGUGAUGAAGGCUGCCGCCAAGAACAUGGAGACCUACGUCGCAGCGCACACCAUCUACUACGUUGGUCACUUCGGCAUGGUUUUCGUCAUUGACAUCAUGUUGGCCGAUAUGACCUCCCUGAGGAACCGUAUGAUCAUGUUGGGUAUUAACGGCACCCCGAACGUCAUUGUCGUCUUUGCCGGUCCCAGGAUCGCCGAUCUGUUCUACCAGAACCUCAACUUCCGCUGGGCCUUCGGAGCCUUCGCCAUCAUCAUGGUUGGUAUCUGCCUGCCUGCCGCUCUUGUCAUGUUCAUGAUGCAGCGCAAGGCCGAGAAGGCUGGCAUGCUUGAGAAGCUCAAGUCCGACCGCACCUACCUGCAGGGCUUCUUCUACUACCUCAAGCAGUUUGACGUUGUUGGAAUUAUCCUCCUUGUCGCUGCAUUCGCUCUCAUUAUGCUGCCCUUCAGCAUUGUUCCCUAUGCAGCCCAUGGCUGGAAGUCGGCGCACAUUAUCGCCAUGGAGGUCAUUGGCGUUCUCUGCAUUCCCGCUUUCUACGUUUGGGAGAAAUACAUCACCCCGGUCACCUUCAUUCCUUACCACUACCUGUCCAACAGGAGCAUCCUCGGAUCUUGCUUGCUCUACGGCAUCAUGUUCCUUUCCAUCUUCUGCUGGGACACGUACUAUCAAUCUUACCUUCUGGUUGUCCACUACCAGAACAUUACUCACGCUGGUUACAUCCUCAACUCCUUCUCCUUGGCGUCUUCCUUCUUUGGCCCCUUGUUCGGAUACUUGAUCCGUGUGACUGGAGAUUACAAGUACAACGCUCUCGCUGGUGUUCCUUUCAUGCUCCUCGGAACUGCCCUCCUGGUCCCCUACCGAAACCCGAGCACCAACGUCGGUGUCCUCGUUGUCCUCCAGCUUCUCAACGGUAUUGGAACUGGUAUGUUCGCUGCCAGUGGCCAAAUUGCCGUCAUGGCUGCCGUUACGCACCAGGAAAUUGCCGCCGCCAUGGCCAUUUACAGUCUCUUCGGCUCCAUCGGCUCUACCGUCGGCUUCACCAUCGCCGGUGGCCUGUGGAACAACAUUCUUCCCCGCGAGCUGGAGAACAACCUUCCCGACUACGCCAAGAACCGUACGGCUGAGAUUUUCGGUGACAUCGAAGUCCAGUUGUCAUUCCCCAAGGGUGACCCUGUUCGCGAGGCCAUCAUCGCUGCCUACGCUGAUGUCCAGCACAAGAUGGUCAUUGCCGGUGCUUGCUUCAUCCCCCUCUGUCUCGCAUGCAUUCUUCUCUGGAAGCGCGUCAACCUGAAGCAGCUCGAGAAGGAGAGAGGCACCCAGACCAAGGGCAACGUUUGGUAG